GUAAUAUCGUAUAUGGGUUAUGACAUCGAUAAACAAGCCUACAACACGGAAGUAUCCUACUUUUUUAUACAAGUGGAGACAAUGGAGCCUUCUCGUUUUCGACCUGACUGGUCCAAAACGGUUCCUGAAUUGGACAAACGUCUUUGGCGCUUAAACAUUGGGCCAGAUGGAGGCGAAAGUUGGGAAUUUCUUACUAGCGAAGAGGAAGCAAAGUCGCGUCCGCUAAGCUUUGCAGAGAAAUAUUUCCUCGGUCUGGAUUUAGAAGAUGCGCCAAAUGUACAGCCCGCGAAGACACCUUUGGAAAGUGCUGUUCAUGGAUACGAGUUUUUUCGUCGUCUGCAACUGAAUGACGGACAUUGGGCUAGCCCUUAUGAAGGGCCGAUGUUUCUACUACCAGGUAUUGUUUUUUCGUUCUACAUUACACAAACUGCUUUCCCAAGAGGUUGGCCAGAAGAAAUUACUCAGUACUUGGUAAAUCAUACAAACGAUGACGGAGGUUGGGGAAUUCAUACGGAGGGUGCAUCUACAGUAUUUGGUACAUCCUUAAACUAUGCCGUACUUCGUAUUCUAGGCAUGAAGAAAGAUCAUCCAAUUGCUGUCAGAGCACGGGCCUGUCUUCAUAGACUCGGGGGUGCUAUUGCUAACCCACAUUGGGGAAAGCUUUGGUUAGCCACGCUCAACUGUUAUGACUGGAAUGGCAUGAACCCAAUUCCACCUGAAUUAUGGCUUCUACCAGAUUGGGUCCCGGUUCAUCCAGGAAGAUGGUGGUGCCAUGCCAGACAAGUUUAUUUACCAAUGGGUUAUUUAUAUGGGGAGCAGUUAUCUUGUCCUAUCAACGCCUUCAUACGUGAACUCCGUGAAGAGCUUUAUGUUGAUGAUUAUGAUUCUAUCGAUUUUUCCAAGCAUAGAAACACAGUAUAUGAAACUGAUUUGUGUCAUCCACAUACAACAGUUUUGAAUUCUUUGAACUGGUUAAUGGAUAAGUACUUUACUUUUGUUCGUCCUCAGUGGAUAAGAAAACUAGGGACAAAGAAAGCUUACCAAUUGAUUCAACUUGAAAACGAAAAUACAGAUUAUGCUUGUUUGGGUCCUGUGAAUGCCGCGUUGAAUACUCUGUGCGUUUACUAUCAGGAAGGACCAAGUAGCAAAGCAUUCCAAAAGAUUAUACGACGUUUACAUGAAUUUAUGUGGGUCCAGCCUGAGGGGAUGUUAAUGCGAGGAACAAACGGACUUCAAGUAUGGGAGGCAUCCUUUACAUUAAAUGCACUAGUUGAUUCCGGGUUAUGUGAGUCAAAGAUGUACCAAAAAGAUAUGAUCAGAGCUUUAGAGUUCUUGGAUAGGCAACAGAUACGAAAUGAAUAUGCGGGAAAAGGAUAUAGGCAUAAUAGCAAAGGUGCAUGGCCUUUUAGUAACAUUACACAAGGUUACACAGUUUCGGAUACAACAUCGGAGGCUUUGCGAGCAGUAUUAAAAGUGCAAUCUCUUCCUGAAUUUGGCAAACCAGUAAGCCUUUCUCGAUUAAGAGAAGCUGUUGACGUUCUAUUGCUGAUGCAAAAUAAAGACUUUGGAUUUGCUUCUUAUGAGCCGGCAAGAGCGUCUGAAUGGUUAGAACAGUUGAACCCCGCUGAAGUUUUUGGCAAGAUCAUGGUUGAAUACUCUUACCCUGAAUGUACAACAUCUGUGGUCCUUGCUUUACGAGCGUUUACUCUUUACGAUGAAUCUUACCGUCGUGAAGAAAUUGAGAAAACAAUUCGUAAUGCCUUAUCAUUUGUUAUUAAAUCUCAACGUCCCGAUGGUAGCUGGUAUGGUAGUUGGGCGAUUUGUUUUACUUAUGCAGCUAUGUUUGCAACCGAUUCCUUAGCUACGGUUGGUAGAUGUUAUGAGAAUUGUGAUGUACAAAGAAAGGCUUGCGAAUUUCUUUUGUCUAAACAAAGGCCGGAUGGAGGAUGGAGUGAAAGCUAUAUGGCAUGUCUCACUGAAAAUUACACAGAAACAGAAUCUAGCUUAGUAACGCAAACUAGCUGGGCUUUGCUAGCUUUGAUGCAUGCCAAGUACCCUCACAGAAAGCCAAUUGAAAAAGGGAUUCAAUUCAUUAUGAAAACACAAGCUAGCAAUGGAAGCUGGAAACAAAAUUCAAUUGAAGGAAUUUUCAACAAGUCGGUAGCUAUUGCUUACCCAAACUACAAGUUUUAUUUUUCUAUUCAUGCUCUAGGGUUAUUUGCAAGACAAUAUGGAAAUUAUAUUUCCGAGUAAAGAGUAAUACGCUCGAAUUUUUUCAGAUGAAUUCUCGGGUAAUUGAGAUCCUAAAAUCCGUUACGAUGAUCAAUAACAUGGUAAUGUUUAUUGUUUCGCCUCAACCCUUAUUAAUAUUUCUUAAGGCAAGUUGAUGAUCGGUACGAUUGAUAUGAAGUUUCAAUAUAACUACCUCAAUUUAUCGUCAUGAUAUAACUAGUUUUUUGUAAGCGAGCUAUAAAUCACGAAUUGAUAUCUUAUGUUUAACCAAGUGAUUAAGUUACUCGAGAGAUAUGAACGCUUUUCUAUUAUCAUACACUUCAACUAGUGAACACACUGAUGCUCAUAUAAAAUAUCAUUAACAUAUUACUUUGAAAGUUAGGCGUGCAUGCUUUGUCAGGUCUGCGUCACGCUUAUGGAAAACUUUGAUCGACUCUCAUUUACAAGUAAAGUUAUGUCUAGUACUAAUUACUAGAAUAAUACGAUGCAUAUAGAGUUUAUCUAAGUGAAGUAUACCUUUCCACCAGACAUUUAACAAUGGAAAAAAUAGGACAGAUGGUUCUGAAGACCAACGUAAAUACAUUCGCGAUACGUUUUUCAAAUACUAGAAAGAUUGCUUGAUACACUAAACACAGUCUUAGAAGUAUUCAUGAAAUAGUGGCGUAUGAUCAUGCUAAAAAAGAUUGCAACGCAGUUAAACUAGUAGAAUCUGGCGAGCUCUUGACUUUGAUGCUAUGGUUUCAACCGAUUUUCGUCGACGACUAGAAAGACUAUAUAAUGGUCGAGUAAAUUAUCUCUUUUAAUACUGAAAGCAACUGCACAUUCGUCGAUCAAAGUUAUGAAAUGUUUUUAAUGAAACGGAUAUUCAAUAUUAACUUUCCCAUCUAAACACAAAUUAUGGCUGGAUACCGCUUUAUUCUACGUGCAGAUUGCCGGGGAUAAGCAACAAUUUAUUUUUUAUUCUUUUUCAGGAAUAAAGAAAGAAAAUUAUCUAAAAGAAUUCUCUACAAUCAUGUCUGAUUUAUGAUCAAGCAAAUGCUGUACACUAUCUGAACAACUUUGUAUUAUUUUUUAAUCAUAUAUUUCCAUAACAGAAAAUAUCAUUAAUAUAGAAACUAGGCUGGUUAUAAGUGAAACAAUGAACUG